AUGGCAGCUGCUCUACUUCGGAGAACCAGUAUUUCCCACAAUGCCCUCCCCUUCAAGUUCGCCACUUCUUGGUGUCUUAGUAAGGCGUUAACUCAGCAUUUCACGAUCGAUAAGGCUGUAAAUGAAAAUACGAUUCGCAGAGUUUCAAAGGGCUUUUCGUUUUACUCCCAGCUCGCCGGUGGUGGUGGACUCCCAUCGUUUAUGCGUGGAGCUGUAUUCUGGGAAUCUGGCAAGCCUCUCUCCAUCAAGGAAUUCCACAUCCCUCGCCCCAAGGCUGGAGAAGUUCUCGUCAGAACCAAGGGUUGA